UGCUUCUGGAGUCCUCUGCCAUGCACGAGGAUGGAGACGAUGAAUCAAAAUUCCUGCCGGAUCGUUUCAACGAGUCGGUUCGGUCGGUUGCGACGGUAAAGGUGUAUAUCUCAAGAUGAAGACCUACAGGCCAGGAGGGGGAGCAGCCGCAGCCACGCGCAAGAACUCCAACAACAACGAUCUGCGGCUCCUGCACAGCGAGCAGUCCACACCUCUCACUUCCACACGCGCUGCCGCUGCGUUGCUAUGCCAAGGAGACGCUGCCGGUCGUGGCAGCUCGAGCUACAAAGGCGGAGUGCGCUCAGUCACACAAGCAGCCGUUACCGACUUCACCACCGGAUUGACAGGUGAAGGAAGCACCGGGAUGAUUUACAACAAAAACGGAGACUGCAGAAGAGACCCGAGCCCUUCCACGAUCCAGGCUCCAGUCAGCUCGAGCCAGGAGAAGCGGACAGUUGAGACAGCUGUAUGUGACUCUACCGUCGCCGACAUGGAAUGUUCUGUAGCCUCCGUGGGGUCGCUGCCCCAGACCCCGGGGCCAACGGAGAAAACAGACUCCAGAGUUUUUUCCUCCAACUCUCCCAGCUGUAAACCGCAGCCUCCUGUUCCCGGACUGGGACCGACCCAGAGCCAACCGACUCAGUCCGGGAAUUCUAUUCCGUUUUCCAAGGGUGAGGACGGGCGUCCCGUGCUGGACGAUUUGGGCCAGGGGGACAACCGGACCUACAUGCAGCGGCAGUUCAGCUCCAUGCUGCAGCCCGGCGUCAACAAGUUCUCCCUGCGCAUGUUCGGGAGCCAGAAAGCGGUGGAAAAAGAACAAGAGCGCAUGAAAUCGGCGGGAAACUGGAUCAUUCACCCAUACAGCGACUUCAGGUUCUACUGGGACUUCACCAUGCUGAUGUUCAUGGUGGGUAACCUGAUCAUCAUCCCCGUUGGCAUCACCUUCUUCAAAGAUGAGACCACCACUCCCUGGAUCAUCUUCAACGUGGUCUCCGACACUUUCUUCCUCAUGGACCUGCUGCUCAACUUCCGCACGGGCAUCGUGUUCGAGGACAACACGGAGAUCAUCCUGGACCCGAGAAGGAUCAAGCGGCGGUACCUGAGGAGCUGGUUCCUGGUGGACUUUGUGUCAUCCAUCCCUGUAGACUACAUCUUCCUGAUGGUGGAGAAGGGGCUGGACUCAGAGGUGUACAAGACGGCCCGGGCGCUCCGGAUCGUUCGCUUCACCAAGAUCCUCAGCCUGCUGCGCCUGCUGCGUCUCUCCAGGCUCAUACGCUACAUCCACCAAUGGGAGGAGAUCUUCCACAUGACCUAUGACUUGGCCAGUGCAGUGAUGCGGAUCUUCAACCUGAUUGGUAUGAUGCUGCUGCUGUGUCACUGGGAUGGCUGUCUGCAGUUCCUGGUUCCCAUGCUGCAGGACUUCCCCCCAAACUGCUGGGUGUCCCUCAACAAGAUGGUGAAUGACUCGUGGAGUGAGCUCUACUCCUUCGCUCUCUUCAAGGCCAUGAGUCACAUGCUGUGUAUUGGUUACGGUCGCCAGGCCCCUGAGAGCGCUUCAGACAUUUGGCUGACCAUGCUCAGUAUGAUCGUGGGCGCCACCUGCUACGCCAUGUUCAUAGGACACGCCACCGCCCUCAUCCAAUCACUGGACUCCUCGCGACGACAGUACCAGGAGAAGUAUAAACAGGUAGAGCAGUACAUGUCUUUCCACAAGCUGCCGGCAGACUUCCGCCAGAGGAUCCAUGACUAUUAUGAGCAUCGCUACCAGGGAAAGAUGUUUGAUGAGGAGAGCAUCCUGGAGGAGCUGAACGAGCCACUACGUCAGGAAAUUGUCAACUUCAACUGUCGUAAGCUGGUGGCGUCCAUGCCUCUGUUUGCCAAUGCUGAUCCCAACUUUGUGACGGCCAUGUUGACCCAGCUGCGCUUCGAGGUGUUCCAGCCAGGUGACUUCAUCGUGCGGGAGGGCACAGUGGGCAGGAAGAUGUACUUCAUCCAGCACGGCGUGGUCAGCGUCAUCACCAAGGCAACCACAGGGAUGAAGCUGAUGGACGGGUCAUACUUCGGAGAGAUCUGUCUGCUGACGCGGGGUCGUAGGACGGCCAGUGUGAAGGCAGACACCUACUGCCGUCUGUACUCGCUGUCUGUGGACAACUUCAACGAGGUUCUAGAGGAGUACCCCAUGAUGAGGCGAGCUUUCGAGACGGUCGCCAUCGACAGACUGGACCGCAUCGGUAAGAAGAACUCCCUCCUCCUCCACAAGGUCCAGCAUGACCUCCACUCCGGCGUCUUCAACACCCGAGAGAACGAGAUGAUCCAGGAGAUUGUGAAGUACGACCGCCAGAUGGUGCAACAGGUUGAUCCCCCCCGACCUCGCUCCAUGUCCAUGACCCUGCCUGCCCCCUCGCACGCUAGCCCCUUCACCUCCCAGCCCGGCUCCCAGAUCCACAGCUCCGUGGUGGGCACGCUCCAGCAGGCUGUGGCCAUGAGCUUCUGCCCCCCCAUGGCAGGCCCCCUGGGGGGGCCUGGGGUGUUGGCCCUCCAGUCCCCCAGGGUGGUGAGGCGUUUCCAGGUGAUGCAGAGUCUGUCCUCCCUGGCCCACGGCCCCCAACAGGCCCCCCCGCUCCAUGCCCUCUCUGGCCCCCCUGGCCCUAGCCCCCUAGUCACCCCGGCGUGGAACCUCCAGCAUGGGCCCCCCUUUGGCUCCCAGCUGUCCCUGAGCCACAUCUGCAGCCCCUCCCAGCGGAGUCAGGAUGGGCGGGCUCUCUCCGCCUCCCAGCCCUCCCUCCCUCACAACACGUUCCCCCUUGCGGCCCCCAGCCCCCCCGGGUCCACACAAGCUUCCUGCUCCUCCAUCGGCCCCCCUCACAUCCCACCUGAGCCAACUCGGCCGCAUGCUUCCACACACAGAAGAGGCCUCCCUGCUCCCAUCUCAGCCCAGUCCAGGGUCCCUCUGACCCACCAGGGGUCUCUGGGGGCCGGGCCCCUGGCUCCCCUGCCUAGCUUUCUAUCAGGUCUGUGGCCCGGGGUGAGGGCAGGAGCAGGUGUGGAGGCUGGGGUGAGGGCAGGAGCAGGUGUGGAGGCUGGGACAGCCCCAGAAGGACACUGCUGGAAGCCUGGCAGAGACAGGCCCCGCCCCCAGGCGGUCCAGGCUCUCCUCCAACCUGUGACUGCUGACCAAUAUGCUGAGGAGAGGGGUGUGGUCACGGGUCCUCACUUCGUGGACUUGUACAGACUGGACAUCAGUGGUUGGAAGUUUUAG